AUGGCGGCCUUCGGGGCCCGGGUGGAGCCGCCACCGCCGCCACCUUCUCAGCCUCUGCAGCCGCAUCUGCAGCAGCCGCAGCCGUGGGCGGCGUCGGGCCCGCGCUUCCGCUGGUACCGCUACCAAGAGGCGGCCGGGCCGCGGCAGGCGCUGCGGAGGCUCCGCGAGCUGUGCCGCCAGUGGCUGCGGCCCGAGCGCCACAGCAAGGAGCAGAUCCUGGAGCUGCUGGUGCUCGAGCAGUUCCUGACCAUCCUGCCGGCCGACGUGCAGGCCUGGGUGCGAGGCCGCAGCCCGCGCUCCGGGGACGAGGCGGCCGCCGGCGUGGAGCUGCUGCUGCGGCUGAGGCUGCAGCAGGAGCAGGGGGCCGAGCCGCAGGUCAGCGCCCCGACGGGACGGGCCCCAGGGAGGGGGAGGGGCGACGGGGGGAUGGGAGGAAGGACUGCAGGCGGCCCACCCUUCCUGUCCCGGCCACGGCCCCGACCAGUGCACACGGCCACCUUGGCAGGCUCCUUACAAUUCAGCCUUCCACAGAAUCUCAUAGUUGAAAAGGAUCUUAGAAGUCACCAGUCCAGAAAUCCCUUUGGCAACAUCUCCAACAAGUACUUAUCCCGAACUACUGGAAGACCUAGAGUACCAGGCUUUGCCCAGCAACCGGAAGUGCUGUCAGAGGAGAAAGCGACAGAGAUGACAAUCCUAGGAGCAGUGCCAGAGUCAUCUGCUUUGCCUCCCAUCAGUGACUCUUCAAGAACAAAGUCUGAAUCUCUUCACCAUGGAACUGUGGUCUCCCUCCAGGAUCCCCAGCAAGAUCAUGAAACCAGGACUGUGAAUGAGGAGUUAAUUCUAAAGCAGGAAAUUUCUGAAGAGGUAGAAUCCCAGUGGAUGGUUUCAGAAAGACCCACAGAGGAAGUUUCCCAGGGACCUGUGUUUGGAGAAGCCCUUGAACAGGAGGUCAGGUUAGAGAGGCAAACAGGAAAAUCUGGGGAGGAGAGCCUGAACAGAUCCCUUUCCUUGGAAAGGGGUUUCAGACCAGUGACAGCAAUCCACCAGACAGCCUCCAUAGGGGAGCAAGGCCAAGAAUUUGAUGAAUUUGAGAGAACCUUCAGUCUGAGUUCAAAUCAUGUUACAGAUCAGAGAUUUCCUAUUGAAGAGGAUGCUCAUUGUGAUACCUGUGGUGAAAUCUUUCAAGAAACCUCAGAGCUUAUUGAACAUGAGAAAAUUCACAUUGGAGAGAAACCUUAUAAAUGUGAUGAUUGUGGAAAGGCCUUUGAUGGGGCAGAGGCCGGCCACCGAGAUGUCAAAUCCUCCCCGCCGCCUAGAGCGGCCGCGCGGGGCCUCCUGGCCUCAGAAGGCACCAAGACCCUCGCUUCCGGUCAGAGGUUUCUGUCUCGCGCGGGGCGUCUCUGCAGCGCCGGACUUGGCCCGGCGUGCCGGCAGGGGGCGGGCCCCGAGGUGGGGCUUUGGGUGCCGGGGCGGCCCCAUCAGGGAGCGGCUCUAACUCUGGAGGAGCUGGAGCUGGGACCGAGCUGGGCCAGGCGAGGCCUCCGCCCUCCUGCACGCAUGCGGACACGCGCACCCCGCCACGCCAAUCUCGGCCCCUUCCACUCCCCGCCCCCCCCAUCCGCCCCUCACCCUGAUGCUCCGCUUGGGCUUCGCGGCCGGCUGCUGCAGUUUGCCCGCAGAUUCUCCGCCAAGCUCCAGCCGACCCUGCCCCCCCCCAUCCAAACCCCCGCUGAGCUCCAGCGGAGUCCGAACAGAGCCCCAGCGGAACCCCCUCUACCCCUACCCCCCCCAGCCCUAGCCGAGCGCCCGUUUGAGAUACGGCUGCGGCCGGAGUCCCCGUCAAACAUCAGACCCUCGAGCAAUAAUACGGUUCCUGCCCAUUCCACCACAGGAAGGCCAGGAAAACUGACAAUGGAGGCUGAAUGCCUGUCAACCAGGCCCCAGGCAUUAAUGAUAUUUGAGGAUGUGGCUGUUUACCUCACCAGAGGUGAGUGGAACUGUCUGGAGCCUGCUCAGAAGAGCCUCUACAGGGAUGUGAUGCUGGAGAAUUAUGAGAACAUGAUCUCAUUGGGAUUUCCAGUAUCUAAACCUGAUGUGAUCUCCCAGCUGGAGCGAGGGGAGGAACCAUGGGUUGUGCACACACAGGAGAAAGUGACCUUGAAAGGAGAUUGUUCAGAUUUGGAGACCAGGCCUGAGAAUGAGAGGUUGUCUCUAAAGCAGAAAAUUUCUAAGGAGAUGGAAUUAGAAGUGGCUGCUUUGGAAAGAUUUUCAGGGUAUCUUCCUCAGAAAUUCAGAUGUGAAGAAGCUUGUGAAAAUAAAGACAAAUCAAAGGAAAAUCAGGACUGUCUAACAGAAAGACUGAAAAAGCUUUUUUCACAGAAGAAAGGUUUCAAGCCAGUGACAGUGAUCCACCAGAAAUCGCCUACGAGGGAGAGACAUCAAGAAUGUAAUGAAUUUCAGAAAAACUUCAGAAAGGAGUCAAACCCUGUUGGACAUCAAAGAAUUCCUUUUGGAAGGAAGACUCAGCCAUGUGAUAAAAUGAACCAAAGCUUCAAACAGGAUUCAGAUCAAAUAAAGGGCCAAGUGGAAAAGAAAUCUUGUAAACCUAAUGCAUAUCAGAAAAGUUUGAGGCAAAGCUCAGCCCAAUCUGGACAUCAUCAAAGUAACUAUGGAGAGAAACCCUAUGAGUGUAAUGAAUGUGGAAAAACCUUCCGUCAAAGCUCAGCCCUUAAUCUUCAUCACAGAAUUCAUACUGGUGAGAAACCCUAUGAGUGUAAUGAGUGUGGGCAAACCUUUAGCCAGCUUUCUAACCUUAGCACACAUCAGAGAAUUCACACUGGAGAGAAACCUUAUGAGUGUACAGAAUGUGGGAAAGCCUUUCGUCAGCAUUCAGUUUUUAUUCGGCACCACAGAAUUCACACUGGUGAGAAACCGUAUGAGUGUAAUGAAUGUGGGAAAGCCUUUACUACCUGUUCAUCCCUUAUUCUUCAUUACAGAAUCCAUACUGGAGAGAAACCCUAUGAAUGUAGUGAAUGUGGUAAAGCCUUCAGUCAGAGCUCAUCCCUUAUUCUGCAUCAUAGAAUUCAUACUGGAGAGAAACCAUUUAAAUGUAAUGAAUGUGGACAAACCUUUAGCCAGUUAUCAACCCUUAUUAAACAUGAGAGAACACAUAAUGGAGAGAAACCCUAUUUAUGUAAUGAAUGUGGAAAAUCUUUCCGUCAGGACUCUCAACUUCUAUUUCAUCAGAGAACUCACAAUGGUGAGAAACCCUUUCAGUGUAAUGUAUGUGGGAAAGACUUCAGUGCUCGUGCAUCCCUCAUUCAGCACCAGAGAAUUCAUACUGGAGAGAAGCCCUAUGAGUGCAGUGAAUGUGAGAAAGCCUUCCGUAGACGCUCAGAAUUUAUUCGGCAUCAGAGGGUACAUACUGGAGAAAAACCAUAUGUAUGUAAUCAGUGUGAAAAAUCCUUCAGUGUACACUCUUGCUUUAUCCGACACCAGAGAAUUCACACGGGUGAGAAGCCUUAUAAAUGCAACGAAUGUGGGAAGGCCUUCCGUCAGAGCUCUCAUCUUCUUACACAUCAGAGAAUUCAUACUGGAGAGAAACCUUUCGAGUGUAAAGAAUGUAGGAAGUCUUUUUGUCACAGAAUAUCCCUCAUUCAACAUCAGAGAGUUCACAUUGGAGAGAGACCCUGUGAAAAAGUUGUCACUUCAUGACUUACCCACUAUUCAAGAAGUAAUCUGUCCAAUUUAUGUUCUCUUUCA